UUUAGCAUAUAUGUAGAUGAACAAACAGCUGGCCACAGUGGGUGUGAAUUCGAAAAUGUGUAUGGUACAUUAUUAUAACGAUUAAUGAGAUGUUAAUGAACAUAAACAUUCGCGUGAUUGAUAAACUGCUGAAUACAAGCACCCUUUAAUAGUGAAUAUUGACUUUCUCCAGCUCAUGAAGAAAUUUGAAACCAUCUCCAGUAUUUAAUUGCUCUGCCAUUUUUAAAGCAAAAAUAAAACAGCGAAGAGAUCAACAUCGUAAAUAGUGUGAAAAAUCCAACCGACAUUUUGCGGUUGACAGCGUGACGUAAUGGGUGGCCUUAACCUAAAGCGUGGUGGAUAGAAAGCAAUGAUUACCGUCGGCAGCGCCUGAAGACGUUGGGUGUGAAAGCAAAUUGAAAAAAAAAAGAAUUGUGAGAAAACCAGAGUAGCGUGAACUUUGACGAGACGGUUUAUUAAAACACCUAUUUUAUACUGCUUCUGCUGGUCUGGUUUCGAGACCCAUAGGACCUAGCGAUAAUGGCAGAAGUGAAACCAUUGAAUGCAUCAGAUAAACCGAAGGAGGUCAGUGAGCAGUCGGAAAAUGCCGACUAUUUCCUGCGUAAUCUUUUCAUUCCUGCUGAUGCUGGUGGAAAUUUGGGCUUGCACCUCAGUCGAACACCGUGGGAUCCUUAUCCUUGGGUUAGCGGAGUAUUAACAGGAUCGAGUGCAGAACAAGCUGGAGUACGGAUUGGAGAUUGUGUAUUGGAGGCCAAUGGCGAGGAUUUACUAGGUCUAAAAAUUGUUGACAUCGCGAAACGAGUCAGAAAUGGAAAAACAAACGCAAAACCUGCACCAGGUGUUAAUUUGAUGCUGUGGAAUUCUGGAUUUGAAAAAAAUAACCUCAAUCCACAAUCACUGUCACGAUUUGCAAGCUGUCUUCAGAGCAUAGCAGGAUUGCUAGAAUGUCCAGUGUGUUUAGACAUCAUCCGACCUCCCUCGUGGCAGUGCUGUCAUGGACAUCUCAUAUGUUCUGGAUGUCGAUCGAAGAGCACCAAAUGUCCAAUCUGCCGGGUAGUACUAGGCCGGGGACGAUGCAUAGUUGCUGACAAGUUAUUUAAUUUCCUUGUGCAAACCCUUGGGCAGCAUGAUGGUGAGAAACGUCCAGCAGGUCAAAAGUCAUCUAAUUUACAGCAAAUAAGCGCUAGACUACCGUUGCUUUCACGCGACCAUCGUCUAUGCAAACAGUCGUUAAAAUUAAAAGCAAAUACCUGUGCAACCACCAAUGUCGGCCUAACAGCACAUAGGAUCGCAAAACUGACACCAUCAUCGGUCCCGCUGCUUCUCCAAUAUUGUUGUCCUUCCGGACAGCCGUGUGGUAAAAUGAAAAAUCAACAUGACAUAUUAAUUCAUUUGCAGAAAUCACAUCAAACGAGUGUCGUUCAGUAUUAUGCAGCCACUGGCGACCAACUUAGUAUUAAUUUCAACGAAUCCUGUGUAACGUGUAUCGUCCUAGUACCAGAAUGCACAACUGGCGAAGAGGACUAUAACAAAAACAGCUCAGGGCACAAGAAUAGUUUUAAUGGUAAUUGUGUAAAUGAUAGCAACAAAUUGAUAUCAACUGCCGUCUCUGAGGAAAAUGCAUAUUUUUUCCUUGCUAAAUUUCGGUGCAUUGAAGCCAGUAGCCAGGCUCUGUAUUGGCUUUGGCACCUCGGAACACAGGAAGCAACAGACCGUUACGUGGUAACGGUUUCGGAUUCACAUAGUAAAAUCAGCUGGAGUGGAAGGCCGGUAUCUAUGCGGCAAAACUGCAAAGAAGUUCUCAAAUCAAAACAAUUUGUUAAACUGGAAUACGUUGCGAAGGGACUGAAUGUUAGAAUUGAAUUAGAUAACUGA